CGGCAGGAAACCGAACCAGCCCACGUGGGCCAGGCCGCCCCGCCCCGCGCGCUGACACCUCCCGGCUCCGCAGUCCGCGCCUGGGGCUGGGCGCGCUCUCGGCCACCCCGCACCCCGCACCCCACGCCCAGGUCCCCUCUUGACGUCCAGGCGGAGGGACCCCUCAGCCCGGAGGGUCAAGUUCUCGCCGCCGGGAGUGCAGCACCAGAGCCAGCAGCGCAGAGAGGACGCCUCCAGGCGACCAGAUGUUUGCCAUCCAGCCAGGGGUAGCUGAGGGGGGCCAGUUCCUGGGCGGCCCACCUCCUGGAGUAUGUCAGCCUGAGUUCCACCCAGACAGCAACUCCAACUUCGUGGCAAGUGCCAAGGAUGCCAAUGAGAAUUGGCAUGGGAUGCCAGGCCAAGUGGAGCCCAUCCUGAGGAGGAGCUCCUCCCAGCUGCCCUCUGACAAGCAGGCCUUCCAGGCCCCUGGACUUCCUGAGGGGGAGGUCCGCAGCCCACCAGAGGGGGCAGAGAUCCCCAGAGCUGAGCCAGAGAAGAUGGGUGGUACUGGCACAGUCUGCUCCCCUCUGGAGGACAACGGCUAUGCCAGCAGCUCCCUGAGCAUUGACAGCCCUAACAGCAGCCCUGAGCCUGCCUGUGGGACCCCUCGAGGCCCUGGCAUUUCAGAUCCUCUUCUGCCCUCAGUGGCCCAGGCUGUGCAGAAGCUGCAAGCUCAAGAGCGCUACAAAGAACAAGAAAAGGAGAAGCACCACAUGCACUUGGUGAUGUACCGUCGCCUGGCCCUGCUCCAGUGGAUCCGCGGCCUGCAGCACCAGCUGGUUGACCAGCAGGCCCGCCUGCAGGAGAGCUUUGACACCAUCCUAGACAACCGAAAGGAACUUAUCCGCUGUCUCCAACAGAGGGCAGUGCCAUCCAGGCCCCAGGACCAGGGUUAAGAGUGUACCUCCACAGCAUGGCAAGAGUAUAUGCAUAUAUUUGCAGGCAUGUGUGUGUUUGUGUACAGGUACAUGAUUAUUAGCUGAUAUGAGUGCAGGUAAGCAUAAGUGAAUAUGUAUGUGCUAAUAUGUAGGCGGAUAUAUGCAGACAUGUGUGAAUCAGCACCUGUGCAUCACCUUGUGUGUGUGGUGUGUACACACAAGCUAACUUAUGUGCAAGCCUAUGUAUGAGUGUGUCCAUCUGUGUAUGUAUAGUAUGUAUGUAAGAGGGAGUAAAUUUGUAUAUGCAUGCGAGGACAGGUAUUCAACAGUGUGUAUAUGUGCAUGAAUGAGGAUAUACAGUUGACCCUUAACAACACAGAUUUGAACUGCGUAGGUCCACUUACAUGUGGAUUUUUUUCAGCAAAUAUAUACAUACAGUACUGUAAAUGUAUUUUCCUUAUUACUUUCUUAAUGACAUUUUCUUUUCUCUAGCUUACUUUAUUGUAAGAAUACAGUAUAUAAUACAUAUACAAAACAUGUGCUAACCAACUGUGUUAACAGUAAGGCUUCUGGUCAAUAGCAGGCUACAAGUAGUUAAGUUUUGGGGGAUUCAAAAGUUAUACAUGGGUUUUUGACUGUUGAGGGUCAGCACCCCUAAUCUCUGCAUUGUUCAAGGGUCAACUAUAUAUGCAAAAGAUGCGUGUGCCUAUGAGUGAGUUUGAGUGUGCAGUCUUGUGAUGGGUGUAUGUGAGUGAACCCUCGUGUGUGUAGGCCUGUGGGUAGGGGUGCAUGUGCACAGGUGCAGCAAUGGGAAGUAUAUAUCAGGAGCAUGUGUAUUUGCAGGCAGACUCCUGAGCAAGUGUGUGCAAAUAUAUAUUCAAUCGCACAUGUGGGGCAUCCAUCUAAACCCUGUGCUACCCAUGGCCUGCCAUAGCCUUUUUUCUCCACAGGAUCUCACUGCUCC